CUGGCUAUAUUCGUGUUGACAUAAAUUGCAAGAUCCCGGAUUUAGCUUCCGCAUUGAUCAGUAUCACAACAACAAAAAUGGCAGAGAAGAGCAAGGUUUUGGUCAUUGGAGGGACUGGAUGCAUUGGCAAGCACCUGGUGGAGGCAAGUGCAAAAGCGGGUCACCCCACUUAUGCAUUGGUUAGAGAGAGCACGGCUUCUGAUGUCGAGAAGUCGAAGCUCAUCGAAAGCUUCAGGAGCUCGGGGAUUUCGGUAGUUUAUGGAGAUAUCUAUGAUCACGAGAGCUUGGUGACGGCAAUCAAGCAAGUUGAUGUCGUGAUCUCGGCAGUGAGAGGAAUGCAGCUUGCCGGUCAGGUUAAGAUCAUUGCAGCAAUCAAAGAAGCCGGAAAUAUUAAGAGGUUCCUUCCUUCUGAAUUCGGUACUGACGUGGACCGUACCAAUGCGGUCGAGCCGGCGGCGACCCUUUUUGGCACCAAAGCUAAGAUCAGGAGAGCAAUUGAGGCCGAAGGAAUCCCUUUCACUUAUGUUGCAUCGAAUGGCUUCGCUGGAUACUUUCUUCCAACCUUGGGACAGAUGGGUGCGAAAGCUCCUCCAAGGGACAAAAUCACAAUCAUAGGUGACGGAAAUCCAAAAGUUGUUUUUGUCAAGGAGGAAGAUAUUGCCACAUACACUAUCAAGGCAGUGGAUGACCCGAGAACUCUGAACAAGAUCCUCUACCUGAGACCGCCGGCAAAUGUUCUGAGCUUCAGCGAGAUUGUUUCCCUCUGGGAGAAGAAGAUCGGGACGACCCUCGAGAAGACAUAUCUCUUGGAAGACGAGCUCCUCAAGAAGAUCCAAGAGUCUCCACUGCCCAUCAACAUCAUUUUGGCCAUAACCCACUCAACCUUUGUGAAGGGAGAUGCCGCAAACUAUGAGAUAGAUGCUUCGAUCGGAGCAGAGGCUUCAGAGCUCUAUCCGGAAGUGAAAUACACAACUGUGGAUGAGUACCUCAGUUUCUUUGCCUAGUUCCCUCGUGUUACCGUCUCUUGCUAUAUGUGUAUCACAAACCAGUCUCAACUCGUGUACCGAAUAACUUUCCAUGCACUUUUAAAUAUGACUCCGCGCGUCAAUGUACCAGAACCAUUCCGUGCGUUCCAUCAAAUAUAUGAAUCGAUCCUGCCAAA